UCGAACAAACUCUGUCGCACUUGUCGUCAAUUAGCCUUCGUAAGAGAACGUUGUCCAGUGGUCAUCCGUUGACAUCUGAAUUGUCAAGUUCUGUGCCACGCAGUUGUUUCGGGAGGAAAUAAUUUCGGUUACAGUGUAUAAUCAAAAUCUGUAACCGUAUUUUCAGAUACUGUUCACGAUGAGAAUUGUCCACGGUGGAUUCAACGGCGGGUGACACGCGCGAAUGUCGAAAGAUCCACUUGUAAAUCAGUGAAAUGUUUACAGUGUUAACGUUGAUGUAUGUACCAAGGUAAUAAGCUGAAGGAUGAAAUUAUCCUCCUCGACGAGUUCACGUAAUUUAAGCUCGUCAUAGCGAUCACUCGGCCAAGGAUUACUGAUCGAUCAUGAAUAAAGCUCACAUGGACAAAAGACUGAAUCAAUUGCCGACUUGGCUGUGGACUAACUCCACUACUUUACCACCGAUCUAUAAGAUGGUAUGGGAAGCAGUGCGAGAAGAGAAGGUCAGGUCCAAUGGAAUGCAAACUGAGCUUCUUGUCGAUACCAACAAAGUAUUUCCCUUGUUGCUCACUAGUCAGCUACCUACAGAAGUUCUUGGGCACAUAUGGAACUUGGCAAAUCAAAAAUAUGCUGGUCAGCUUACAGAGCAGGAACUAUAUAUUGUUCUUGCUCUAGUUGCAGCUGCACAGGCUUCUUAUACUUUCAAUAAUCUGGAUAUAUUACAUUUACUUCCAUUUCCACCUACUCCAUAUUUAAAUAUAGAAUGUUUAAUGAAUCUACAGCCUGUAACACAAUUGAAUUCUGCAGCUAAAUUUCAAAGCCUUAAUGAUAGCACAGAAGUCAGCUUCAUUGGUUCAGAUGGGAAAUAUCCUUCAGAAGUUAAAGGAAAGACAAAAUUUCAUCAACAUGGUGUCAUAUCUUCCGAUUUAAAUAUGCAAAUGAUGAAUAAUGUACCUGGGAAAGUUUCUUCUUUUGAUAAUAAAUCUCACAUGUCUUCUACCACUGUUUGGGAUACAAAUAAUACAUUUAAAGAAACAAAGCAAGCAACGAACCGGUUCCAGUUGGAUUCUAAGCAUUCGUCCGUGACAGAUCCAUGCGAUGAUUUCUCUGAAUUUCAGAGUGCUCCGAUUCCUAACAUUCCAAGUGUUCCCAUAUGGGAUACAAAACAAGGUUCUGCAAUUGGUAGCAGGCUGGCAAAUCAUAAUUUAGGUGUUAAAAAACCAGUAGAAAAGCCCAAGAAAAAUAAUAUAAAUGCUAAGUCUGUACACAGUGCUGUUCAUUCAAAAAUUCCAACUGCACCUUUAAAUUUAACACUUCAGAACAAAGAUCAGCCUACUAUGGAAUGUAUACCAGAACUAUUUCCUAAAUGUACAAUAAAGAAUCAAUCUAAGACAGUAAUUCUUAAGGAUACAGUGAUAAGAAACAAUGAUCCGCCCAAGGACCAUAGUGAAAAUGUUAAAGAUCAUGUAAAAAGCACAGAAGUUGUAAAUUUCAAUAGUGACAAAGAUGUUCCAACUAAAGUAGAAUGGUCAGAGAAGGUUUCAUCGGGGAAAUCUGGGUCUAAUCCACAGGACCUAAUGAAUCUCCAACUUACUGAUGAUAAGUAUAGUGCCUUGCGUGCAUUGGUUCAGGAAACAACUGUGCCAGUAGAAUCAGAUUUAAACGCAAGCCACAGCAAUCAAUCAACAGAUGAGUUCGGAGAAUUUGUAUCUGCAGAACAACCUGCUAACAAUGCUUCUGUCUCAAACAUUACAGAUACUGAAAAUUAUACCGACAUCUUUACAGAUUUUGAGUUAAAAUCUAACAGUAAUACAAAUACAACAGAUUUCAAUAUUAUUCCGGAGAUCUCUGAAUCAUUUGACAAUCUGAAAUUCGAGGAUACUGUAGAAGAACGUUCAUUAGAAAUCGGGAAAGCUCUUCAAAAGGAAGAUGCCAUAUCAAUUAAUAGUGUAGAAUUCAUCAAUGGCGCACCAAACGUGCUAACUCGAUCAGGAUCUGUGCCUAGUUUAGAUCUUAAGUCUUUCUUACCUUCAAAUGCAGAAGAUGAACCAGUAGUUGAAGCUACACAUCAGUCAGAAUACUGGGAAUGGAAGCAAUACAUGGAAAGCUGUGUACUAUUGUUACAAGUAGCAGCAAAUAUAUUUACAAAUAUUAGCUCGGAACUUGUUUUGCACGAAGUACUAAAUUCAGCACAGGGAUAUAAUUUUCUCUGCAACUUAGCCGAAGUUGCAGCGGUUUGUAGACGCGUUAAUUUUUCAUACAAAGAAAUGGAUAUUAAUAUAAUAGGAUUUGAUGAGUUGCUAAUGGAUAUUGAUCGGAUUUGGGCAGAGAUGGAACCAUUUUACACAAACAUACCGAUUGUUACAGAAUUACCAGCUUGGCCUUUGCAUCAAGGAGAAGCCAUUUGUUGUUCUCUUUGCUUAACAGUUAUUACUAGUGGGAGGGUAGUGUAUAAUGAAAAUAAUUAUCAUGUAACUUGUGCAAACUUAUGGCUUAACUGCGUCAACAGCCAUCUACCGGUAAUGCGACAUCCGUCUUUCUAUAUCCACUCAAACAUUUGUCCAGGUAACAAUCACAUUUGAUACUGAUCUGCGGAAAAACAAGAACUUAAGUUCAGAAAUUUUUAAAUGUACACUUAGCCAGUUAUUACAUGAGGAAUUUGUAGAAAAUAACAGACUAAUAGUAGAAAAAAUAAUGGAUUCCUUACGAACUGUAUAUAUUCUUAAAAUCUGAAAAUUUUCAAGACCUUACAGACUAGUCUAUUAAAGAUAUUAUUGUACAGGCAGUGAUAAGACUAGAAGGAUAUAUUAAUAUGCAUAUAUUAUAUUCCUUUUGAAUAGAUAAAAAAAGUCUCGGAAACGUCUUAUAAAGUUAUAAGUGUAGUCAAAAGAAGGUUAAGCUCUUAAAACCUGAACAAAAGUUCAUAUCAAUCAAAUCGAGUUAAUAUUUUCGAGAGAGUCUUAUUGAAUUCUUAGUGAAUUUCGAAGGAACGAUAUUAAAAUUAAAAUAUUAUUCUAUUAUAUAAUAUUACACAGUAAAAAUAUAGUAGUGAUCUUACAUUUACAAGUUCAAAAUUAUCGUUGACUCGUAUCACGUGGUCUAUAUACUAUUCCCCUGCUUUUCAUCUCUCUAAUAACACCUGCUGGCAAUCGUCCUGAUACCGAUAUUGCAUAUACUCCUUUGCAGAAUCGAUCUGUAAAAAUACAAAGAAUCUCAGUUGCAAGAACAAGCUUUUGUAAUUAGCAAGGGGUUCUAUUGAUCAAGUCAUUUUAAUUUAAUUAUAAAACAAAAAAAAGCAAUGUGUAAAGAAAGAAACAAGAUUGAGGAAUAUACAUUAAUACACAUUAAAAAUAGAAUCAGGUGUACGCACAUGGGCAUGUUCCUUAAUAACUAUACAUAUUGUCAUACAUAUUAGCAAAAUUCUGUAUAAAUGUACAAUAGUAUUUAACAUUAAGAAUCUCAAAAGCAAAGGAACUUAUUCAAUUAUGAAUAUGCGUAUUGCAUUGUUUUGUAUUAGCUACAUUGUUUAUAUCAAAAAUAUUGGCUUUGAAACUUGUACAAAAUGCUGCCUUCAAAUACAUACACAAACUUAAUGAAAACAUGGUUUACUAUUGUUGUAAUUUGCACUGCCAAAGUGGAUAAUUAGAGAACAAGAGAAAUUCAACACAUUAAGGGCUUAAAUGUUAAACACAAAAUUUUGAAUGUCAAAAUAAUGUAGGAUGAAAGAGAUAACAGUUUAUAUUGAUUUACUAUAAGGCAAUGUAACUGUUAUAAUUUUAUAAAGGUGUACAAGAAUAAAGAGUAACAAUAUUUCUCUCGCUUAAACAUAAUUUAAUGUAUAUGGAUAUGAA